UUUGACAUUAGCCUUUUGUGACAUUGACAAGAAGGGAAGAGUGAAUGAAUUGUUAUUAUUUUAAUGUUUUCCCUUUUUUCAAGUGCAAAUUAAAACAGAAACCAUGAGAGUUAAAAAUAGACGUGUUUCGUAAUAUAUUACAAGCAAAAUGUGCACAAUUCCACCUUCACCGCCGUUGCCACCACCGCCACCUCCACUGCCGUCCUGUCCGCCCAGCACAGAUUCUCCAAAGUCUUGCGAUAGUUCUCCAACUUUUAGUUAUUCAGAUGUGUGUGAAUGGGCUUCCCAUGAACCCCAGUUGUGGGAAGUAUGCGCUAAAAAUAGUAUAUGUCUACACGAAGCCCCAUUUCAGUAUAAAUACAAAUAUUUCGAGUCAAUUAUGCAAGUCGGACCAACCUGUGGAUUGGUCGCUCUGUCUAUGCUUCUAAAUGGCGAAGUGAGCCCUGAUGAACUGCUCAAUAUCACUAAAAUGGAGGGAUACAGCCAUAACGGGGAGAUGUUUAGCUGUAACGACAUGGGUCGAUUGGCUGAGAAGGCAAUCAGUUUGGCAGAGCUAGAUAAUAUAAAUUUCUGUGUGAAGACUGGUGGAUUGUUUAGUGAAGAAAUUAUUCUAGAGCUUUUAAAUGGUGCUGUUCUGCUAGUUGCCUAUGAUGCAGAUUUCAAUCAUUCACCAUGUCUGAGGCAUGGGCACACUGCACACUGGGCCCUUGUGUGUGGCAUAGUAAUGGCCGCAGACCCAGGGGAGGACUACAUAUCAGAUCCAAAAAAUGUUUAUGUGUUAUGUAAACAUGGGAAAUCGAGAUAUCUAGCUGCGUGGACACUGGAAGAAUUAGAUAAAAGUAAUAAAAAUUUAUGGGAGUUUUCCCCAAAGAAACAGGAAGAUGGGUUGUUAUAUGUGCUUCCAGAAGGGGGUAUAGGUGGUAAGAAUGGUUUGAGAAAUCAAUUUUUGAUAUUCAAUGGUUUAUAAGAGUAAGUAUUAAUUAUAUAGUAUAUACUGCCUAUAUCAAUGUUAUAUUUCUAUGGAGUUCCUUUGAUUAAUAAGUACUUCAGUUAUUUGAAUAUAAGUGUUAAUAAUUCUAUAGAAUUAAAAGGAAAUGUUAAACAUUAUACUCAGACCAAUUACAUUACAUAAGGAUGUGCCUCGCUAGAUGUUACUUUUCUGUCAAAAUCAAUGAUCUAAAUUUAUUAUAUGUAAACCAUGAAAUUAUCUAUCUUAGUUAGUACCCAUAACACAUAAUGCUUACUUCCCGGCUUCUUUAGAUAAUGAUAUUAUUUUCAACCGAUCAUCUCAUUUAUAUAUUACUUACACAUAGAACAAAAUAUCAAUUAAUGUCAAGUAGUAUUUUUCUCUGAAAUUUGAUAAUACCAAGUGGGUAUGAGUACACAGGGUUGCCCUAUGAACGACAAUAAGUGACUACAGCGCCCUCAUUUAUUUUCUACUCUUUUGUGUUGCACUAUACAUAAUCUAAUCUUGGUUUUCUCAAAAAUUGACAAUCAAUUUUGUUCAUGAAUUUGGGUGCGAGAGGAGUCCUUAUGUAAUUAGUCUGAGAUUAUACACAAUGUUCUAAACUUCUAGUCCAAUCUGACGACAAUUUUAUGUGGUGUAUAAAAAAGUGGUGGUUAUGAGACCUUCACAAUUCAAUGUGUUGCAAGCUGCAACUUCAGAUUGCACUAAAAGUUUAGCGCUUCAUACUAUACCUGUUGAUUAUUGUUGAUUGCUGUUGAUGUGUAUGUUAUGUUAUUUAUAAUAUACUGUUUGCUUUUAAAUUAAAAUGGAAAUUACAUGUAAACUUCAAUAUAAUUUGCCUAAAAACAUUGUUUAAAAUAAAACAUAUUAUUUAAUGCAAAA